ACAAAAUGAAAGGAACAUUGGUAUUGACUUGGUUUCUCAUGGUCUGCCUCUCCAAGGUGACAGUGCAGAGCCAAUACUACUCGCAAAGCCUACCAUAUGACACCAAGGCGGUCAAGGUCACCCAUCUUCACUUCUUUUUGCAUGAAACUCUAGGCGGUAAAAACCCAACAGCGGUGGAGGUAGCCCAAGCUAACAUCUCAUCACUCCCAUUUGGUACCCUAUAUGCCAUUGAUGAUAUUCUAAAGAUAGGUCCUGAGGAUAACUCUGAGGUGAUUGGCAAUGCUCAGGGCCUUGCACUCAUGGUUGGUGGAAAUACAACCACCGGUGUGAUGUAUGUGGAUUUUGGAUUUACUACGGGUAAGUUCAACGGCAGCUCUAUAAGCCUAUUUUCGAGGAAUCCGAUAACAGAGACUGAACGUGAGGUUGCGGUGGUCGGAGGAAGAGGAAAAUUUAGGAUGGCAAAAGGGUUUGCACUACUUAAGACUUUUUUUCUAAAUGCUACCACUGUUAUCGUUGAUUUUGAUGUGACUGUGAUUCAUUACUGAUCCCAUAUUUGAGACUCAA